UGUGUCAAGGAAAUGAUUUUGUCAUGAAGUUAAAACUUUUUAUCUUGAUAUUUUAAGAGUAACGAACAAUAGUGUAAUUGACAUGUUGCAACAGCAAAAGCGGAAUUGAAAACUAAAAACAUUGGAAUUAUAAGUAUUUUAAGCAGUGUAUUUACUUUUGGGGGGAUAUGACAUAAAUAAAAGUUUAAAAACAUAAACACUGAUGACACAUCUGGGUCCUUUGAAGUUUUAGGACCUCUCAUAUUUACAUCAGGGGUCUUACUUUAUUCUCCUAUCACAGCUCAACCAGAGAUUCGAUUGUCUAAACUGUGGGGCGCAGAAAUGCACAAAAGUGUGCCUUCGACAAACGACAAGAAGAAAAAAAUAAGAAAAGCAUGAAAAUCGAGACGCAAACAGGAAAAAACAGGGGAAACAGAAGCAGACUCAUUUUUCUGAAAGCACCAGAAUUUCAUUAAGUACAUCUCGUCGCUAGAGAGCGGUAAAGUGCUGAGCUCAACCCUUAAGGACCAAUCUACAAGUGGCGUAAUGACGUCAUAGAGACGUCGGCACGCUGCGUACAUCGAUUGUUUGAAACAGGCUGCAGUCAACAAAAGGGUAGAAUGUUGAGGCUUCGCUGCAAGACCAAAAAUGGGAGCCACAUAAUGCAGGGCUUGACUCAUCAGUCCUGUGUCAAAGAGCUAAAAAGCAAGGUGGAAGAGCUGACGGGAAUCCCAUGUGAUGUUCAAAAAAUUAUGGUUGGAUACCCACCAUCCAGCCUUGAUCUGAGGAAUGGAGAUGCUCACCUCAAGGAUUACCCAAUAAAAUCAGGAGACACACUCAUUGUUGAGGAAGACAAAAACAAACCAAAACCUCAGGAUCAUCAUCCCACUGUGAAUAAAGCACCACACUUGGAGUGCCCACCUGUGCUGGCCCGUCGCGUGGGUCCUGCUGACAACUCCUGCCUCUUCACCAGUGUGUACUACGUGGUGGAGGGUGGCGUGUAUGACCCUGCUUGUGCUCCCGAGAUGCGGGGCCUCAUUGCCCAAAUUGUGUCCAGUGACCCUACAGCCUACUGUGAAGCAGUGCUGGGAAAGACCAACAAGGAGUACUGCACCUGGAUCAAACGUGACGACACCUGGGGAGGGGCCAUAGAAGUGUCCAUUCUCUCCAAGUUUUACCAGUGUGAGAUCUGUGUGGUGGACACCCAGACGGUCCGAGUGGACCGGUUCGGAGAGGACGCUGGAUACCACAAACGAGUGCUGCUCAUCUACGAUGGCAUCCACUACGAUCCGCUACAGAAGGAAACUCCUGGUUCUGAUGCUCCGCCCCAGACUAUCUUCUCCACUACAGAUGAUGUCAUCCUGGCUCAGGCACUGGAGCUGGCAGAUGAGGCGCGCCGCAAGCGGCAGUUCACAGACGUAAAUCGCUUUGCUUUACGCUGCAUGGUGUGUCAGACAGGCCUGGUGGGACAGAAGGAAGCUCUUGAGCAUGCCAAGGAGACAGGCCACGCUAAUUUUGGAGAAGUGUGAAUUUUUUUUUCUUCCCGUUUAUUGCCUCACAACCGAACCACCACCAAACCUGUGCCGCGUGUCUGGCAACUUUUGUCAGUUUAUUUGUCGUCUGCUUGUGUGACCCUCUACCUCAUAUUGUCCGACGACAUCUACAGAGAAUCUGCAGACACUGUGUUCAGCCUCCUACCUGUUCAGUAUUAUCUGUCAACUGCUGUCUGCUGAUCACAAAGUCACAAAAACUACUGCAGUUUCUCUGAUGUCAUUUAACUAUGUUACACUACUGGCUGUCACAGCUCAGUGCCAGGUUAUCUAACUUGAAUCAGUGACUUAUGUGAACAACUCCUAGAGUUUGUUUGAGCCUAUUUAGCUGACUUGACGGCUAGAUUUAUCUAAACAAAGCAAACAGUGGCUGAUAUGUUUUUGUUGUUAGGUAGAAAAUGCACCAAUUAUUUAAUACAGCUGACUGGACUCAUAAUAUGCGACAAACCUCAUGAUGCGACUGUAGAGAGACUUUGAAACAACCACAGACUGAUAAUGAUUUAUAACCUGAUGUGACCUGGCUUACUGUUGUCGUAUGUACAAAGCACUGGGUCUGACUGUUAUCACUUCUUGUUGAUUAUGUAGCAUGUUGUUGUUAUUAUCAUUAUGUUUCAGUGAGAGUCCCAACUUUUCAGCAUCGUUAGAGUCUGUAUCACUGACCUAGUUUACUACUUCACACAUCAAACCCUAUCAUGUCUUAUUUAUGUGAAUGAGGCGGUGCAUUUUUGAGGUGACAUUAUAUCUUGUUUUUUUCUACAUUUAUUUAAUCUGCUUCUUUGUCAAAGAAUGCAUUUUAAAUUUAACUAGAAACAACACAAGGAAACGGUAUGACUUUGCUUUUUUGCUAUAUAGUUGGUAUAUUAAGUGUUAUUUUUACACUGGAGUGUAAAUCUGUAGGUUACAUUUAGUUUUUCUUCAUAUUCAGUAUUUCUAUCCCACAUAUCUAACAUGGUGAUGGGAUUUUUGCAAAGAAUAGGGGGUGGGGACUCCCCUCCAAAUUAUUCAAACACUCAUUCUUGUUUUCUUUUUGCUUCUUCUCUUGUGGGUGACAUAUAUAAUUUCAGAAUUAGUGGGGUUUUCUGCUCAUAUAUCAGUGAAAUGGAAUGACUUUGUAAUAACCAGGUUCUCAUGACUCUUUAUGGUCAACAUAAAACAAUGAAUGUUGCACAAAGGACUACAAAA